AUGUCUAUCUAUCUAUCUAUCUAUCUAUCUAUCUAUCUAUCUAUCUAUCUAUCUAUCUAUCUAUCUAUCUAUCGCCGUUAUGAAAGUUUUGCCAAUGAAACGCUCUUCUGGAUGGAAGUUGUUCUAGUCUUUUUCUUUGGUUUUGAAUACAUCAUCCGAUUGUGGUCUGCUGGAUGCCGAAGCAAAUAUAUGGGCACUUCUGGAAGACUGCGUUUUGCAAGAAAACCCAUAUCUGUUAUUGAUCUCAUUGUUGUUGUAGCAUCCAUCGUAGUUUUUACAGUGGGCUCAGAGGGUCAGGUGUUUGCAACUUCUGCGAUUAGGGGAGUUCGAUUCUUGCAAAUUCUACGUAUGCUACACGUUGACCGACAAGGAGGGACAUGGAGGUUACUAGGCUCUGUAAUAUAUUUGCAUCGACAGGAACUUAUUACCACUCUCUACAUAGGUUUCCUGGGUCUUAUAUUUUCUUCCUAUUUCGUAUACCUGGCUGAACGACGGGAGGUACAACAGAAGCAGCGCCAGAAACAUUUCAACAGGCAAAUUCCCGCAGCAGCAACAUUAAUCCAGUGUGUUUGGCGUUGUUUUGCGGCUGAUCCAUCCUUCAAUUCCGAAGCAACUUGGAAAAUCCAUCUCCAGGACUCGUCGCCAGAGGAAACAGUGCUUGCUCGAAUGGCUCGACGGGCCAGCUUGACUCUGCGGAAACGGCGGGCAUCUCGACUUGAUAUUGGCUCACCUUGCAAUCAUUUCCACCGAGAUAGCAUCGUAUCACUUUCAUUCACGGAUGAAAAAGGGAAUGCGAAUUCCAAGGUACCAUCGCGCCCAGAUUAUCAUCGUCCAAGUGUAUGUGGGAAUGAAUACAAUGAAGACACAGAUGCUGAAAACGAAGAGACCGAAAAAAUUUUACAGUGA